GCUUAGCCCGGGGCUGACGGCAGAGCUCCCCGGGCUGCGACUGUCGUUGUCCCGGCGCUCCUGCUCUGGCUCUCUCCGCUCCUGGCGCGCCGACCAUGACGCGCUCACUGUUCAAGGCGAACUUUUGGAGCCCAGACAUCCUCAGCACCGUUGGCUACGACAGCAUCAUCCAGCAUCUGAACAAUGGCCGCAAGAACUGCAAAGAGUUUGAAGACUUUUUAAAAGAAAGGGCAUCAAUUGAAGAGAAAUAUGGCAAAGACCUGCUCAGCCUCUCUCGAAAGAAGCCCUGUGGACAGUCUGAGACCAACACCCUGAGGCGUGCCCUUGAGGUCUUCAAGCAGCAAGUUGACAAUGUGGCCCAAAGUCACAUUCAGCUUGCACAGACUCUAAGAGAAGAGGCCAGGAAGAUGGAAGAAUUCAGGGAAAAGCAAAAGUCACAACAGAAGAAGACGGAGCUCAUAAUGGACGCCGCCCAUAAACAAAAGAGCUUACAAUUCAAGAAGACCAUGGAUCUUUUUGUGAAACUGGCAACUUCAAAGACUGCAGUGGAAGACUCAGACAAGGCGUACAUGCUGCACAUCAACGCGCUGGAUAAGAUCCGAGAAGAGUGGCAGAGCGAGCACAUCAAGGCCUGCGAGGUGUUCGAGGCUCAGGAAUGUGAACGAAUAAACUUCUUUCGGAAUGCACUGUGGUUACACGUAAAUCAGCUGUCACAACAAUGUGUCACAAGCGAUGAUAUGUAUGAAGAAGUCCGUAAGAGUUUAGAAAUGUGCAGCAUUGAGAAGGACAUUGAGUACUUCGUGAAUCAACGCAAAACUGGACAGACUCCACCAGCUCCCGUCAUGUAUGAGAACUUCUACUGCCCCCAGAAGAGUGCAGCCCCACCAGGAAAGUCCACGGGGCCUAACUUGGCAAGGAGAGGACCUCUCCCGGUUCCUAAAACUGUACCAGACGAUCCUGAUUAUUCUUUGGUUGAUAACUACAGCUUGAUCUACCAGUAACACCAAUGAAAACGAAGCUUUUUUUUGGCUGGUGCUUCUGUGGCACUGAAGGAGGCACUGAAAGCAGCAGAAUCUGUAGGAAUUGUGUCAAUCGUGAAGACUUUGAAGUGAACCCUUGCUAUAAUUUUUCAAUAUUUUAAAUUUAUGGUAGACAUUUAGUUCAACUUAACCUAUUAGAGUUCUGCAGUUUUUAAAAGAAGUUUAUAAAUUGCCCCAGACCGAAGAAUUAUCCUUUCCCAAUCAAGUUACUAAAGUUGUGAAUAAAUUGUGUUUUCUGCUCGAUUCAGGAAACUCUGAAUUUGAAGCCUUGACUCUUGGGGCGGGAGCAGGGAUGGCUGCAGAGAAGUCUGAGCCAUCAACCUGUUCAGGAAGCUCCUUUGCCUCGAGGGCAGCAUGGCUAUGGAAUUUCCACAGUGACGCACACUCUCAGUGGUGCAAGAUUUAGAAUUUAAGAUUUAAAACCUUCCUUUUUGGCUGGAAGACUUAGAAGCCAUCCAAUUGCACUUUCUCAUUUUGCAGACGAAGAAAGGAGGCCCUGAGUGUGAAAUCAGUUUCCUCACUGCUCUCCCAUCUGAUCAGGGACAGAAGCAGAAGUCAGGUGCAAGCUCCUCCCGCAUCACCAUCUUUCUAACCCCUCCUGAGGCUGGGAUGCUCAUGGUGAAAUUUAAGACGCCAAAUGUUUCUGCCGGCAUCUUUUCAAUUGGGAAAAUCACCAGGAUGUGAAUGUCAGAUUUAUUUUUAUAUGGCUCAGUGUGUGUACUGAACCACAGGGCAUCGUAUUUAAUCUAAUCUGAGAAGCCAUUGAUUGUAAAACAUGUCAUUACUUUAUAUACCACUGAGAAAGGCAGUGGGGGAGUUGACACUGUGAUCGUUAAUGGCCAAGCCCAUUUGAAUUUGAGAUGAUAAAGUGUGUGUGUGGGGGGGGAGUGCAUCUUAGAAUCAAUGAUAUGUGGUAUUUUGACUAUUCCUGAAAAAAAUUUUAGACUUAACAAAGCCAGUACUCAGUCCUGGGUCUUCACAGAGAGUCUUUUCCUUGCUAGAUCCUGGGAUUUUUAAAGUGUCAAUCUUACUGUUUCACAAAUAUUUGAGCCCUCCUUUGGUAACCCACAAACAGCAGCGAGAUUAUGUACCUUUAUCUAAUGUUCGCACACUGACUAAUGGUACAUUUUAGUUAAUGACAAGUUAAAAUAGCACUGGCGUUGACUUGGGAUAUUGUAAAAUUCUGGUACCACAAAGGACAAAUAGUUUCCUUUUCUGCUCUGUGCAGUAGCUUUCCCGGAACUAUGGACAAGUUAAGUGAAGGAAGAUUGAUUGUUUCCCCCUUUUCAUGUUAAGAUGCUGCUGAAAGAGGUAAUUUCUUGUCAUGACGGGAAACUUGCAUCAGUUGGAUAUCCUUUUGAGAAACUGAAGUUUGCAAAGGGCCAUUGACUUCCCCAAAUUGAACAGGCUCAGGAAAUUUUCCUGUGAACUCGGGACAUCGUAUUCUUAAGUAUUUUAUUUAUUGUUAGCAAUUCCUCAGGGAUUUCAGCUUUCUCUCUGUUGGUCAGUGUAACCUAAUGUAAAAGUGUUUUAAGAAUUGAAAAUAUGUUUAUUUUAUUGCUCUUCCAGUUUGAUAUCAAGUAAAAUAAAAGUUCUUGGUGAUUUGGGA